UCUUUGAUAAUCUCUGUACUUAAGGAAGGUCUAAAGUUUUAAACACAGCUCUAAAGGCCACCUGGUUAGUUUUAUCCAGCCUAUUUGUGUUAGUAGAGUUAGCUGGAACGGCACAAAGUAACUUUUUGGUAGACCUUAAUCUGUAGAAGAUUUCAGAGAAAAUGAAUGCUCAAGUAAUUCUAAUGAAUUUUUAAAGCCUUCUCUAUGGGCUUUUAGAUAAGGUAAAAAACCCUGCUAGAGCAUAAUUAGAUUUAGCUGUCCAGUUGCCUGAUGAAUUCUUUGGUCAAAGUCUGGAAUUAAUUUCUUUUUCAGGCUUUGGAAGAAAGUUACAGUAGGUUUUGUGUUGAGUGUGAGGGAAUGAGAGCACGGAUCAGGUUUUAUCUGACUGCAGUGUUUAACAGAAAAUUUUAAAAUUUUUCUUGUUCCAGGUUACCUGUGCAAGUGCCACUUCUUUUGAUCUAAGGAAGCACAUAGGAAUGUUCAGUACAUAGGAAUUUGCCAUUUUUUCCAUGUUGUGUAGACAAAAUAGAAUCCUCUUCAGAAUUUCUAAUCUAGUAUAGGCUUGAGACACCCUGGGAAUUAACGUGUGGGUGAUGCUAUAUGACAGUGUAGAACAUUUCACUGUAGGUUGAAAACCCGUUAAUACUAUCAGAGUUUUUCUCUGGGGAAGGUCUGGUUACUUCAUUUCCUAAAAUCAGCUGUGAUUUGUAAAGAUCUUAAAAGAUGAUAGGUUAAAAAAAGGGUGAGUAUGUGCACAAACCAAAAACUUCCUAAGAAUGGAAGAAUAUUCUUUACAUCGUUUUUUUAACACAUUUUAUUUGUAGGAGAGUCAUCACAAUUGUUCUUACGCAAACAAAAUAACAUUUUUAUUAGAUGUACUGUGAAAAAAAAAUCAGCUGCGCAGUGUGUUUAUGUUCAGACUCCUGUCAUUUUGGUGGUGUUACUGUCUACCUCUUCUUUUGUUAAAAGUACUGAAGAUUCCUCCGCCCCACCCCCCCCGCCCCCCAUGUAGUUAGAAGCUUAGCAGUAAUUAAUUUACUGUUCUGAGUCUUGGGUUAUAGGUCUUUUAAUAAAGGCUUUCAGAAAUUUGUACUUCAAUAACUUUUUUUUUUCCCAUGGAAAUCUUUGUAUGGAAAGUUCCUGACAUUAUCUUAGCACUUCAUCUUAAGUGCUAUAGCAUAGCUGACAUUCCCAACAAUAAAUUUGGCAAGACACCGUAUGAGAAUUUGUGGAAGGAUAAUGAGUAAUUUGGAUACAUAAAAUUGUGUGUCUGUAGAUACGUUUACUAAAUGAAAAUCUGUGUGUGCAUGGGGUGAAUGGGCAGCUAUUAUGUUGCCUUCUGAGAACACGGUCAAGUCCAGAGGCAUGUGCUUUAUUCCAAGGAUGCUCCCUUUCAGCUUUGUUGAGACACUUGGUUAGGUGAACUCAGCCUUGCCGUUUGUGGCUGUUAGGAAAGAAGGGGUGGUGGAAGACGGAUGUCCCUUUUGUUUCUGCUUUUCUUGCCACGAACUUGGAUCUCUGUCAGAGAAGAGAAGGUCCAAGACCAGCUUCAGGAGUUGGAAGGCUUGUGGAAGGUCCGACGUGGGACUCGCCAUUCAGGGUGGUGGCAGUAAGGGCCAAGCAGCUGCCAGACUGAGUCCUUUGUGCUGCGGUGGGGCGAGAGGUUCAGACAUUGGGGUUCACAAUUGACUGGGGCCACUCGGCUGGAGGGCCACAGGGGCGGCUGGGGGCCUGUAGCUGAGCAGUUCUCUGGAGCUGGGAGCCAUCAGUUGUGGCCUGGCUUCAGCCUGAAGUGUAUUUUAAUGCAGGUGUGUUACAUUCCUGAGGCAAAAUUUGACUAGUCAAAAUGAUAAUUGAAGCAGUUAACAUGUUACGUUAUGUGCUGACAUGCAAAGCAGUGUUCCAGCGUUCAAAAGUGCACAUAGAAGGCCAGAUAUUUAAGACCAUUCUAGAUGUAAACAAGCUGUGUUUUUUACUGGGAUCUCUUGCGCAGGGGGAAGGGUGUGCUGCCCCUGUGGAAAGUCUCUGAAAGUCAAAGAACGGGUGUAGGGCAAGCUGUGUAAGCGCGUUACCCUUUAGAAGAGCCUCCCCUGCUGCUGCCUGGGCCUCGCUGCCUGCCCAGCAGCUGCGCUGCCCGUGGCACCGGCUUCAGGCGCGGCGGCGUGGCCCUUUAGCCAGGAACCCGCGCCCCGCCCCGGCCCGCGCGCUCUCUCUGUGCGCGUGCAAGGCGUCUGCGCACGCGUUUGCCGUGGGCUCCGGCCGCCGCCAUUUUGAGGGGCGGGUGGGUCGCCGCGGGGCUCGGUGCGGUGGCUGGUCUGGGCGAGGCGGCCAUGUUAAAAGACAGCAGUAAGGCGAGCGCGGGCGGGUGGGCGACCUCCUCAGAGUCCCAUACGGCCUCUGGCUCUUCCACGUCGGGGCUGGGCGGGCGAGCGGAGCCGACGACCCGCUACGCCCUGGGGCUGCUGCAGACGCCGGGAAGCACCGACGCCUUUUCCAGCGGCGCGGCGAGGCCGAGUGGCUCCAGUGGGGAAGGCCUCGCUCCCAGCCGGGCCACCAGCGGCGGCAGGGUGAAGCCGCCGGCUCCGGGAAGAGGAGAAUCAUAUUUCGGGGACAAAAGUUCCUGUGUAGAAAAUGCUAGCACAUUGAAUCUCACAGGUUCUUCUCUGCAAGGCCUGAAUAGCACAUGUAUAGGAAGAACACCCCUCUCUUCUAGUAGACCUGUUUGCAGAAACCGUACUCCUCUUAUAGGAUAUUCAGCUACAUCCUCAUCUGCAGUCUCUGCUCAUACCGUUGCAUCAGUUAUUGUAGCUGUAGUAGAAGGAAGAGGCCUUGCCAGAGGUGAAGUAGGAAUGGCCAGUAUUGACUUAAAAAAUCCUGAGGUCAUAUUGUCACAAUUUGCAGACAAUACAACUUAUGCCAAGGUUAUUACUAAACUCAAGAUUUUAACACCACUAGAAAUAAUAAUGUCAAACACUGCUUGUGAUGCAGGGAGCACAACAAAAUUGUUCAGUCUGAUAACAGAACAUUUCAAGAAUGUGACUUUUACAACUGUCCAGAGAAAAUACUUCAAUGAAACAAAGGGUUUGGAAUACAUAGAACAAUUGUGUGCAUCUGAAUUCAGCACUGUUUUCAUGGAGGUUCAGUCAAAGUAUUACUGUCUUGCAGCUGCUGCAGCUUUGCUAAAAUAUGUUGAAUUUAUUCAAAAUUCAGUUUAUGCUCCUAAGUCACUCAAGGUGCGUUUCCAGGGGAGUGAGAAAACAGCUAUGAUAGAUUCUUCAUCAGCGCAAAAUCUUGAACUAGUAAUUAAUAACAGAGAUCCUCGGAACAGCCACACACUUUUUGGUGUCCUAAAUUACACUAAAACUCCAGGUGGAAGUCGAAGACUUAGAUCCAGUAUCCUGGAGCCAUUAGUUGAUGCUGAAACAAUUAACAUGAGACUGGACUGUGUUCAGGAAUUACUCCAGGAUGAGGAGCUCUUUUUUGGUCUUCAAGCAGUUAUCUCAAAAUUCCUGGAUACAGAACAACUACUUUCAGUUUUGGUACAAAUUCCAAAGCAAGAUACAGUUAAAACUGCUGAAUCAAAAAUAACUAAUUUAAUUUACCUGAAGCAUACUCUAGAGCUUGUGGAGCCUCUGAAAGCUGCUUUAAGAAGCUGUAACACAUCACUGCUAAAGGCUUACUACAAUUCUCUUGAGGAUACAAGAUUUGGAAUUAUACUUGAAAAGAUUACAACUGUAAUUAAUGAUGAUACAAGGUACACAAAAGGAUGUCUGAGUAUGAGGACCCAGAAAUGCUAUGCUGUUAAACCUAACAUCAAUGAAUUCCUUGACAUAGCUCGUAGAACAUACACAGAAAUUGUUGAUGACAUAGCAGGUAUGGUAACACAACUUGCAGAAAAGUACAGCCUACCAAUGAAAACAGGUUUCAGCUCUGCUCGUGGAUUUUUUAUCCAGUUGAAUGCUGAUUGUUCAACUUUACCCCAUGGCCAGCUUCCUCCAGAAUUUACAAAGAUCACUAAAAUGAAAAACACAUAUAGCUUCACUUCAGCAGAUUUAAUAAAAAUGAAUGAAAGAUGUCAGGAAUCCCUGAGAGAAAUAUAUCACAUGACCUACUUAAUAGUGUGUAAACUCCUGAAUGAGAUCUAUGAACACAUUCAUUGCCUAUACAAGCUGUCUGACAUCGUGUCAAUGCUGGAUAUGCUGCUUUCAUUUGCCCAUGCCUGCACUCUUUCCGAUUAUGUUCGUCCAGAAUUUACGGAUACUUUAGCAAUCAAGCAGGGAUGGCAUCCCAUUCUUGAAAAGAUAGCUGUGGAAAAACCUGUGUCUAACAACACAUAUUUGACAGAGGGUAACAAUUUUGUCAUUAUUACAGGACCAAAUAUGAGUGGAAAAUCAACAUACCUAAAACAGAUUGCUCUCUGUCAAAUUAUGGCACAGAUUGGUUCUUAUGUCCCAGCAGAGUAUUGUUCUUUUCGAAUCACAGAGCAAAUUUUUACCAGAAUAGGUAUGGAUGAUGAUAUAGAAACAAGUGCAUCAACAUUCAUGAAGGAAAUGAAAGAGAUAACAUACAUCAUACAAAACGCUAAUGACAAAUCACUCAUCAUAAUUGACGAACUUGGCAGAGGUACCAGUGCUGAAGAAGGUAUUGGCAUUUGUUAUGCUGUCUGUGAAUAUCUGUUGAAUUUAAAGGCAUUUACAUUAUUUGCUACUCAUUUCCUGGAACUAUGUCAUAUAGAUGCUUUAUAUCCCAAUGUGGAAAAUUACCAUUUUGAAGUGCAACAUGUGAGAAGCAGUGCUGUAAAUAAGGAGAAAAUUGCUUAUACUUACACACUCUCUAAAGGAUAUACAGAGGAAAAGAACUAUGGAUUAAAAGCUGCAGAAGUUUCCUCCCUACCGUCAUCUGUAAUUUUGGAUGCAAAGGAAAUCACAAAUCGUAUUGCAAAACAAAUUUUGCACAGGCAGAAGAGCACUCCUGAGAUGAUGAAACAGAGAGCUGUUUACCAUUUAGCAAUGAGAUUGCUUCAGACUGUCAGAAAUUCUCGAUUGGAUCCAGACAGUUUGCGUAUAUAUUUGAAAGGCCUGAAGAAGAAGUAUGAAGCUAGUUGUCCUGCACCCAGACAAAAUGAUGAGCAACAGUAAUGUUUAACAGAGGAUGUUGCUCUAAUUUUUAUGACUGCAAGAUGAUUCCUUUUUUUCCCGUAGUAUUAGAAAACACUGCUUUUCACAAGUUUUUAAAUUCUGAAUUCUUAGUCUAACUUACACUCACUACUGAAAGACCAUACCUUUUGUGGUUUUUCCCCCAAACCAUAUCUGAAAUAUAACCAUUUAGGGCGUAUCAGGAACACAAUUCUUUAUGAUAAUGAACCAUCCCUUUCUUUAUUUUAGAGACGAAGAAGUUGUAUAACAUUAUUUCCUACAUGAUAUAUCUGCUGUUACAGCUCUUAAUCUGACACUGAAGAUCUUGCCUAACAAAAAGCAGUCUUUGAAACAGAUGGUCUGCUUGUCUUGCAUAGGCAAGCUCUACUUGCACUGUUGAACAUGCAUCCAUAAAUCCUGUUGUUCCCUUCUCAAGGAGGGUUCUAGUGCUUUCAGGCAUUAUGCUGAAUCCAACAUAAUGCAAGUAGUUCAGGACUGUUUCCUCUCCAGAACUGGGCAGCCAGAGCUGCUUUGUAACACAGUUACAACAAAUUACUGUGAUACUGACACUGUUGAUCAGUUUUUGUUCAGAAAGUGAGUAGCAGGAAGUCAAUUAAAAGUGGAAUAUCCUUCUUCUUUUUUUUUUUUGAGUGACUAUAGCCAUGUAUUCCAGCUUGAAGGAAUUUAUCUUCCCUUACUUCCUUCUAACCAACUUUGGCCAAGGGUUCUUACAUACUUCUUUAUAUAUAAGUGUGUGUGUAACUUAUUAUGCAUGUCUGUAAAAUGGGUAAUAUACAACAGUCCAAUAUCCAAUCUGUAACAACAAAUAUAUUUUUAUAUAUAGUUAUAAUUUCCUUUUUAUGUAUCUACCUUGGUAAACACAGCAGCACAACAGAAUAACAGUUGUAGUAGGCACACUGUGUUUUCUGACCCAAGAAGUUUUUUUAUUUGUUUAAGCUUUUACCACAAUUCUGCUUACUUUAGGCCUUAAAUGUUGCCAAAUAUAUCACUCAUAACCAUCAGUAAUACUAUAUUUGUUGUCUACCCCAGUGAGGAUCACGGCAGAAAGAAAAUAUUUUGUAUUCAGGUUUUUUAACAAGAGGAACUAUAUGGCAAGGGAUACACGUUUCACACAUUGACGGGACAGGGUGCCUGUCUCCCUGUUGGGGUCAGCCACUGCAGCACCAGAAAAAACAGCUCUGGGGGUUCACACCUGAGAGCCUGGGGUAGUUUGACCCCAUAAGAACUGUUUCCCUCUUUUGUGCACCUUAUUUCAGACCCUUUGUGUUACUUUCAGUCAGUCCAUCAGGAGAGUGAGGGAACUGUGAGUGAGGGAGAUGCGUACUGCUCUCUCCAAACACAUCUGAAUUAAGGAGGGUCUGUUUUGGGGUGGUUCUUUUUUCCUGACAUCCAGAUGCCAAGGAGCAGGACCAGAACACUAAAAUAUAGGUAAUUUCAGACUCA